GAGCAGUUCACGCACAGUCACGCACGGACACGCACAUAGAGCGCGCGGGAUGCGUGCGAUCUGACGGACAACGGCUUGUUACAACAGACAGUGAAUCAGCAUCAUGACCAGGUCUGUGCGGGAGGAGCAGGCGUCAGUGGACUUGGAGGAGCAGCAGGAGCUUCACAGUCCCUCAGGAGGAGAGACAGAGAGGGGAGUAGGAGGAGAGGAGGAGGAGGAGGAGGACCACUUCCAUCGUCUUGAAGGGGAAGAGGACGACGACGACGACGAGGAAGAGGAGGAGGAGGAAGAGGAGGAGGGCGAGAACAAGCCCAAGAGACGAGGACCGAAGAAGAAGAAAAUGACCAAGGCUCGUAUGCAGAGGUUUAAGGUCCGUCGAAUGAAAGCUAAUGCCCGGGAGAGGAACCGUAUGCACGGGCUGAACGACGCUCUGGAGAGUCUGCGGAAAGUCGUCCCUUGUUACUCCAAAACCCAGAAACUGUCAAAGAUCGAGACCCUCCGUCUCGCCAAGAACUACAUCUGGGCCUUGAGUGAGAUCCUGCGCUCUGGAAAGGCACCCGACCUCAUGAGCUUCGUCCAGGCCCUCUGCAAAGGUCUGUCUCAGCCAACCACCAACCUGGUGGCGGGCUGCCUGCAGUUGAAUCCUCGGACUUUCCUGCCAGAGCAGACCCCCGACCUGCCGGCUCACCUCCCCCCUGCCGGCACUGUCACCUAUCCUGGACACUUCUCCUACCAGAGCCCCGGGCUGACGGCCGGCCUGCCCAGCCCGCCCUACGGCACUAUGGAGCCCUCCCACAUCUUCCACCAGGUCAAAGGUCAGCCGUAUGGCCCUCUGGAGCCUUUCUUUGAUGGCGUCCUGGUGUCGGACGGCCCAGCGUUUGACCCGCCCCUCAGCCCUCCACUCAGCAUUAACGGAAACUUCUCGUCCUUCAAGCACGAGGCCGCCACAGCGUCUGACUACGAUAAGAGUUUCUCCUUCAGCGUGCACUACGGGGGAGGAGGACCUGGGGGACAUGCUGCCAUCUAUGGCAAUGGGGGGUCCAACCCACGGUGCGGUGAGCUGCAGGUGGACGGGCUGAUGGGCUUUGAUGGACACUCGCACCACGAGCGGUUGAUGAACGCCCAGCUGAACGCCAUCUUCCACGACUCAUGAGGAAGAGGAGGAUGAAGGACUGAGAGGCUGAUGAAGAUGGAAGGACGAACAGAGAGACCGUUAUAUGAAGAGAGAGACAGUUCUGUGUAUUUCUAUCAUUUCAAAGCUGUCUUUCUUUCUGUCUUUUCUUCUUCCUGUCUGCGUCAGGCUCUACGACUCCUCCUCAGUGUGGUCAUAAAGACGGUGAUGUCGAUGAUGAUGUCACGUUGAUGAUGUAACCUUAUUUGUAGCUCUUCAUCCUGCAGGAGACGCUCUCUGAAUGUCUCGUUAUUGUCCAUAUUAUCACUUAAAAAUAAUCAAUAAGCAAUAAUCUGGAGGAAACUAUGCAAUUUUGUUAAAACCUGAGCUAUGCUCAGCUGAUAAUUCCAAAUGUUGAAAGAAUAAAGAUUUCUCUAUUUUUUGGUCAGUGUGUAAGGCGCUGUUGAGCCGGCGUUGGGCCGGUGUUGAGCCGGCGUUGGGCUGUAGUGUUCAUGUUGUUCAUGUGAUUUUUACAUUUUGCUUUUUAUAACGUUCCUGUAGCGUUGUUAACAUUUCAUGUGACUCUCAUAUUUUAUAAAAUAGAUGUUUAUA